CAAAAGGCCACAGGAAUGCGGUCACAGUCUGGCUCCGGGUUGGGUGUUCGCUCCGCUGCACCCCUGCUUCUCCCCAGGAUAAAACCCAGGCAGACGCAUAUAUAUAUAUAUACAUAUAGGAAUGGACCCCGCCGGCGAAGAUUGGAUCCAGAGAGAAAAUGAGGAGGAACCUCCCGGGCGAGCGGAUGCUGAACAAUUGCACGAGACGUUAUCGGAAGGGAGCGAGGACUUUCCAGAUCCCGAGCAGCCUGAAGCCCGUAAGAGGGGCCUGGAAACCUGCCGGGACACGUUUGCGGGAGACCUUUGUUUCGACUACGAGAACGGCCCCCCGAGGAUGCGCGCGAACGACCGGCCGUUCAAAUGCGACGUGUGCGAGAAAAGCUUCCGCCACAGCUCCAGCCUGCUGACCCACCGGAGGCUCCACACGGGGGAGAAGCCGUACAAAUGCACCGACUGCGGGAAGAGCUUCAACACCAGCUCGGCACUCAUCGUGCACCGCCGGACGCACACCGGGGAGAAGUCCUACGUCUGCUCGGACUGCGGCAGGUGCUUCAGCGAAGGCUCGGUGCUCAUCAAGCACUGGCGCAUCCACACGGGGGAGAAGCCCUACAAGUGUGCCAUCUGCGGCAGGGGCUUCCGGCAGAGCUCGCAGCUGCGCGCCCACGAGAGGACGCACACGGGCGAGAAGCCCUACGCGUGCCGGGACUGCGGCAAGUGCUUCAGCACCAGCUCCAACCUCUCGGCCCAUCAGAGGACGCACACGGGCGAGAAGCCCUACAUCUGCGCCGAGUGCGACCGGCGCUUCGGCCACAAGUCCCACCUCAUCUCCCACCAGAAGACGCACACGGAGAAGCUGCACGCUUGCCCCGACUGCCCCGCCAGCUUCCGCAUGACCCACCAGCUGCUGGUCCACCGCAAGUCCCACCAGGAAGACCGGCGCUACAAGUGCCUCCUCUGCGGGAAGACCUUCAGCUACAGCUCGGCUCUGCUGGCGCACCAGCGCAUGCACACGGGGGACAGGCCCUUCAAGUGCCUUGAGUGCGGCAGGAGCUUCAUCCGCAACUCGGACUUGAACAAGCACCAGAGGAUCCACACGGGCGAGAAGCCCUACGAGUGCCCAGAGUGCGGGAAGAGGUUCAACCAGAGCUCGCACCUGGUCAGCCACCGGAGGGUCCACUUCAAAAGCGCUGCCAAAAACCCAGGCGCGAACGUCAGCACUCCGGCCGAGCAGGAAGUCGAGUCUUCCUGAAGGCCGCUUUCCGCAAGGAACCGCUUCUGUAAGUUAUGGAGGCCGCCAUCUGGCUUUCUUCUGAAAGAGGUUUGCACGGAGGGGCUCUCAAGCAAGACUCUGUGUGCCGGAAAAACAAAAGUUUCUGCACCGAGGCAGCUGGGCUCCUUCGCUGAGGAAAGCAGAGUUCUGGGGCGUUGGGUACCUUAUGGGUGACGUGGUUAAGAGCGAUGGACUCGUAAUCUGGUGAACCGGGUUUGAUUCCCAGCUCCUCUACAUGCAGCUGCUGGGUGACCUUGGGCUAGUCACACUUCUCUGAAGUCUCUCAGCCCCACUCACCUCACAGAGUGUUUGUUGUGGGGGAGGAAGGGAAAGGAGAAUGUUAGCCGCUUUGAGACUCCUUCAGGUAGGAAUAAAGCGGGAUAUCAAAUCCAAA